AUUUUCUUUGGUUUCGUAGAGAUUCUUUGUGAAGGACUUGGGUCAUUGACGCAGAGCGCGUGAUGGAUCUUCUGGAUGUCGACUGGAAGAUCAACGUAACUGGAGCCACGACGUACCAGAAACAAGCAUCCGGAAGUUCUGUACAACUUCUGAUCACGUUGAAAAAUUCUGUGGAUGGCUCUGUGAAAGAAGAAUUCCUGGAAAUGAGCGUGGAGAAAUUGUAUUCCCUUUUACAAAAGGUGGAAGAGACGAACGUUGCCAUGAAACUGUGAUGUCGCAUGUCGGCUUGGUUGGAAUUAUCUUUCCCGGAUCCGCUUCGUAUUUCCGGAUAUUGUGAUGAAUGUGAUUGCCCAGUGGAUUUGAUGGAAAUCAAUAUAAAUCCUUUUAUUCGUGAGUAAACA